AUGUUUAAUGUUGAUCCCCAUUCGGUCUAUCCUCAAGAUGACGUCGAUAGGCUCCUAAGACUACGAACAGAAUUUGAAGAAAAUUUACAAAUAAAUACAAAAUACGGACAACCUUAUGUCAUUCCAAUCGUUCAAAUUCUCAUCGGUGGCAAUAUUUCAUCGAUUACAAGUGUCUGCACAGCAAUUAGACGAAAAAUACCAGUCAUUGCUAUUACUGGUACUAGUGGGGUAGCAGAUUUAAUUGUUCACGAAUAUCGAUAUUUAUAUGGUGAAAAUCAAAUUCGAUCGGAAGAUGAAUAUGAGAAUGCCAGACAACAACAUCAAUUUAAUGAUUAG